AUGGUCCGCAUUGCUCUCUUCACCACUAUCGCUUUUGCCAUGACGGCUUUCGCGCAAAUCACUCCCAACAAGGCCGGCGCCAGCAACGUUGGCAAGGGCGACGGCUCGCAGUUUAUCACCGGCGGAUGCGUCAGCGAUGCCGACUGCAGCUCGUCAUGCUGCGCCGACGCCAGCAAUGUCGGCGUCUGCUCCGCGGAGGCAGCCCAGUUCCAGAACGGCAAGAACGGCUGCGGCUUCAACGACCCCAACGCGGAUGCCACCAUCGCCGCUGCCAAGGCCCAGGCCGAGAAGCAGGGUUUCUAA